AAAGGGAAUACCAUUGUUAAUAAUGACAUGGAGCAGAAGUCCAACCAGCAGCAAUCCCAACAAUGGCAGCAAUUCCUGCAGCAGCAACCGCAACAAUUUACUAAUCAAUUGCCACCUAAUCCGCAGCAACAAUUUGUUAACCCACAGCAGCAAGUCGUUUCUAAUGCUCAAUAG